AUGGAAGAACUGAAGUUGGAAACACCGGCGACCAUGACUGUGACGGUUUCGGAGACGGAUGCGAAGUUAGUCGAAGCUCCUACAAAAGUUGUUGCUGAUGUUGAUGUUAAGAUGACGGAGAAAGACAGUGGUUUUUCUGCGCGUAAAGUAGUUCUCGCGGUUGCUGCCGCGGAUAGUGAUGUUUUGACGAAGAAGCGGAGUCGUCCUCCGAUGAUGGAAAUUCUGAAAGCAGCCCUUCCGCCGAAACAGAAGCAAAAGCAGAAGGCGAAAAAAGAAGACGAGGAUGUUUGUUUUAUAUGUUUUGAUGGAGGAAGUCUCGUUCUCUGCGAUCGCCGGGGCUGUCCUAAAGCAUAUCAUCCGGCAUGUGUCAAGAGAGAUGAGGCGUUCUUCCGUUCAAAAGCCAAAUGGAAUUGCGGUUGGCAUAUAUGCAGUUCGUGUCAGAAAGCAUCACAUUAUAUGUGCUAUACUUGUACGUAUUCUUUGUGCAAGGGGUGUAUACAAGAUGCUGAUUUUGUUUGUAUUAGAGGGAAUAAAGGUUUGUGUGGAAUGUGCAAGAAAACUAUAAUGAUGAUUGAGAACAGUGCCCAGGGAAAUAAGGAAAUGUGUGAAGUGGAUUUCGAUGACAAGACCAGCUGGGAGUAUCUUUUCAAGGUGUAUUGGGUAUAUUUGAAAGCAGAUUUAUCUUUAACAUUUGAUGAGCUGCUUCGAGCUAAAAACCCAUUGAAAGAUGCUGCUCCUGUGGUUCAAACUUCCCAUGAACUUUAUCAUCUUAAUAAAGACGACAAAGGUUCUGGUUCUGAGAACUCCUGCAUAGACAUAGAAUCAAAUAAUUUGAAAAACAAGAAGUCUAAGGGACCUUCAAGUGGUGACACGGGUGUGUCUCUGCCUGAAUGUGCUAGUUGGGCAUCAAAGGAGCUUCUAGAGUUUGUCUCACAUAUGAGAAAUGGUGAUACAUCUCUCUUGUCUCAAUUUGAUGUACAGAAUCUCUUGCUGGAGUAUAUAAAGAAAAACAAUCUGCGUGAUCCUCAACAGAAAUCCCAAAUCGUUUGUGACUCUAGACUAGUAAAUUUGUUUGGAAAAGCACGUCUUGGCUACAUUGAAAUGCUAAUGCUCCUUGAACCCCACUUCCUUGUAAAAGACAAUACCCGUGCAGAAAAUACUCUUGGAGCAGGAGUUAGUGAUGCUGUUGCUAAUGAAAAAGAGACCAUGGACAAUUACAAUAAACAGCCGAUAUUAGUUAAUGAUAAGAGAGGUUCAACAAGUAAAAGGGAUGAUGUGCCUAUGCCACAAAAUAAUCAAGAUGCAUAUGCUGCAAUAAAUGCUCACAACAUUAACUUGAUCUACUUGCGUCGAAGUCUGAUGGAGAGUCUGACUGAUGAUACUGAAAAGAUUCACGAGAAGGUCGCCGGUUCUUUUGUGCGGAUAAGAAUCUCUAGUGGUGAUCAGAAACAAGAUAUGUAUAGACUUGUCCAAGUUGUAGGUACAAGCAAGGUUGCCGAACCUUACAAAAUUGGCACUAGAAUAACUGAUAUUAAGCUUGAAAUUUUAAACUUAAAUCGGAAAGAGGUCAUAUCCAUAGAUGAGAUUUCGAAUCAGGAGUUCUCUGAGGAUGAAUGCAAGCGACUGCGUCAGAGUAUAAAGUAUGGGCUUUCAAAGAGAUUGACCGUGGGAGAGAUUCUGAACAAAGCGUUGACAUUUCAAGAAAUUAGAGUUAAUGAUUUGUUGGAAGCUGAGAAAUUGCGGCUUAAUAAUCUUCGUGAUAGAGCAAGCGAGAAGGGGCACAGAAAAGAGCUUAAAGAAUGUGUGGAAAAGUUGGAGCUACUAAAUUCACAUGAGGAACGUCAGCGCAGGCUGCAUGAAAUUCCAGAUAUACACUCUGACCCCAAUUUGGAUUCAUUGUAUGAGUCUGAUGAAGAUGCAGGAGAGUCAGAUGGCAAUAAACAAGAUGGCAAUAUACCUAUUUUUUCCAGAAUUUGGGACGGUGUUUUGAAUGGUGUUGGGGGCAGAGCACGAGACUUGACCACAGCCAGUGACCCAAUUGGAAAUACAUGCUUAGCAAAGAAGAAUAUUGACCCUAACGAAACUGCUGUUGAUGAUAGUGCUAAUGUUGUAAUAAAAUCAGAAGUGUCUAGUGUUGCAGUGGACAUUUCAUCUCCACUUCCCUCUACAGGGAUUGAGCAGCCAUUUGAUGAUUUUAUGAAUGAUAAAUCAUGGCAUUAUCAGGAUCCAUCUAGUAAGGUUCAAGGACCUUUUUCUAUGUUGCAGCUGUAUAAGUGGAAUGCAAGUGGACAUUUCCCUCCAGAUCUCAGAAUAUGGAGGAUAGAUGAGAAACAAGCAAACUCUAUAUUGUUAAAUGAUGCACUUAAUGGGAAAUGCUCCAAAAAUGUGCCAUUGCCGCACAGCAGCCUAUUGCUUUCUUUAGGAGCCAGUGUUGCAUUGGGUGACAAAGAAAGCAGUCAGGAUGGUGGGAGGAAUUCAAUGCAGAAUGAAAUUUCUGCAGCCAGCCGAAUCAUAGAACAUACAAUAGAGCAUAAAGUGGACGAUACUUCUACCCAGUCUAAUGGUAAAGAUGAAUCUGUAAGGAGCAAUGGAUGGCAUGACCAGUCACAUGUACACCCUUUGCAACAACCAACCGUGUUUGCUGAGAAAUUUAAUGAGAAUCAUACCAACAAAUUAAGUGAGAAUCAUGGGAUUGAGAAAAACCCUGAAGAUAAUGGAAAUUGUGGCUCGGACAGGAUUUCUGGUGGUCAGAAUCAUCAGAAGCAAUCAGAUAGUGAAGACAACUCGGGGCAAUCUUCGGGACAAAGCUGGAGACACCCUGAUGUAAAUAUUUCUUCCAAUUGCUUGGAUUCCACAUCUGCUCAUGUUUCUGAGACAAGAAUAUCACCACUUAGACUGGGAUUUGAUUUGACCCGUCCGCCUUCCCCUUCAGCAUGUAAUACAAUUACAUGGCAGGCUAUUAUUGGUGAACCAGAUGAUUUUGAUGAAUCAGUCUCAGAUCUUUUGGCAGAAGUCGAGGCAAUGGAGUCACUUGGUGGCUUGGAAUCUCCCACUUCAAUUAUGAAACGUAGCGAGGAAUUGACUGAUGGUUCUAAAAAUCUUUGUCUCAGUUUUGCAGAGCUUAGCCCAAUACUUGAUGCAGGUAAGGGUGAUGCAUUAAGUUCCACAUGUGAUUUACAGUUACUAUCUCAGUCCACAGUAGCAGAGGAGCCAUUACAACAGGCUGAUGUCCAUCAUCAUCAUCAUCAAAGAAUUUCAGGGGAGCUUUCCUCAAGAAAUUCUAAAGUUGAUGUGGGUUCAAACAACAUUUGUGUUUCAAGUAAUCAAUGGGAGUCGGGCUCGGAAAAUUCUUCUAUUUUUCCAUCCACUGAAACAUUGGGCAUGACCGUUGACACCACUUGGAGACUUGGUUUGGAGAGUAGUACACACUUGGGAUGGGGAGGAAUGGAACAGCGAAAUGCAAACACAAGCUGGGGAGUAGGACAGACGGCAGUGCACGAGAACAGAAGCUCAAGUUCAUGCACUUCUGUAGUAACUCCAAGCUUUGGGGAUAGCCAGACAAGAUACGGGAGUGAUCGGUUUUCUGUGCCCAGAGAUCGGGGUUUUCCAGGUCAUGGUAGGGAACAAGGUUUAGUUAGAGGCAGAAAUCCAUGGAACAGGCAACAACCAGUAUUUGGCGUUGGUAAUGGAGGAUCACACAGACCUCUGCACAAAGGGCAACGGGUCUGUAAAUUUUAUGAAAGUGGGUACUGUAGAAAGGGGGCAUCCUGUGAUUACUUCCAUCCAUGA